AUGGCAUCCGAUGAGUGCUCUCAAACUGUUAGGAAAUUAAAACCGAUACCGUUGCAAGGAGAUAUCUCGGAUGUUCUUACUAAUAACUUUGUCUCAUUGUCCAUUGGUGUUAAACAGUCAAACCCCAGCAGUUCUUAUCCUUGCACCAAAACCAACAGAGACAACAAUCAUUAUCCUGAAAGGAUAUCGCCAUCAGAAUUCGUUACCUUACAAAGGUUACGUUCAAGUGCAUUAGCAUGCAGGACAAGCACAACAAUCAAAACUAGCCGAAACAAUGACACUUUGUUCGAUGACCUCAUAAACAGCGACGCUGCUGAAAAAAAUAAGGGAAAAUAUAAAAAGAGUGAAACAAAUAUUGGUGAUGCCGAGGUUGCCCCAAGUCCUUCAAGAUCUGUUGUGACAGGUGAUGAUACAAAAUCUGUGCUGGAAGAAGAAACAGAACCAUCGAUUGAAAAGUCUGUGGUACUACUUGCUAGAGGACCUGUUCGCAAUUUACGCAGCAAUGUCGUUGGUUAUGCUCCAUACACAUCAAGAAAUGGCUGUGUUACAGAGCUACAGAAUUUCGAUGGAAACACCGAAAACUAUAACAUAUUGCAUAGUACACAUCAAUAUGGCUUUGAAAAUCCUACUUUUGCAUCCAGUAGAUCGGAACUUAUACAAUUUACAUCAAGUAGUUCAACUCCCGAUACAAUACAGCCAGGUUUUAGCUGCAGUUCGUCACGCACACUCUGUCAGUUCUCACCCAGUUUGCAGCAUACUAUUUCAUCUCUAGGAGAUGUAGUGGAUAAUACUCAACUCCCUGAUGAUCUGUCGGACUUUAUUCUAAAAUACUCUCAAGAAUAUACGACAACAGUACGAUCACCGGAAAGUGGUAUAUCAGUGAGGUCGAGAGAGAGUAGCAUCGGUGAUGGUAACAAUCAGACAAAUUUUGAUAGUCCCUUGUAUCGGAUUCUUGUGGAAGAUAAUUGUGUUUCACCACUUUCGGCGAAAAGUGCACCACAGUGCUCUCCUGUGCUACCACGAACAGUUGCACAAAUCCCUGUCGUUUUUGAAGAAAACCAGUUAGAAACAAAUGCUGCUUCCAAAAAUUUGUCAGCUCCUGAGUUCUUAACAACCAAUCAAAGUAGAAGAGAACCGACAAGAUCACGUUUAGCAAAAUAUCGCUUACGAGCUCUUAUUAAUGACAAUGAAAUGGUUGAAGCUUGGGCAUGGUCAUGCAGAUGUGUUCAGGAACUCGAAGGUGCACUAUGCUAUCGGGAUGAAGAUGGCGAUAGCCUUUUGCACAUCGUGAUUUUGCAUAUGGAUCUCCCGAAAAUUUAUGCGCUUGUUGAGCAGAUGUUAAAAGCUGAAGAUGGUUGUACACGGCGAGCUUUUGAUAUACCAAAUGCAGCCUUCGAAACGCCUCUCUAUUUGGCUGUACAAAUGAAUAGGCCGGAAGUUGUGGCAUACCUGGUGGAAGCCGGAGCUAAUCCAAAUCAUCAGACGGCAUCGCCAGGACAACAAACACCUUUACAUUGUGCUGCAUCAAAUGGAAUGGCUGAAAUUGUUGAUAUUCUUUGCGCUAGUGGAAAGGUCGAUGUUAACAUGCCCAAUGGAAUGGGACAAACGCCGCUUUUAUGUGCUGUUAAGAAACAUCGUGUAGGCCCAAGAAAAACACAACUGUAUGUUGAUAACAGUUCGACGAUUCUGUGUCUUCUAAAAUAUGGAGCGAACCCUAUGAAUACAGAUUUAUGUGGAAACAGCAUUCUUCAUUAUGCAGUAAACAGUCUGGAUGCUGAUCUUAUUGAGUCGUGUGUAGACGAGGAAACGAUUACAAAAUUAGCGAAUAAAGAAAAUAUGUGUGGUGAAACGCCACUGGAAACCUUGCACUGUGAACCGGAACCACACGAUGAAAAACUUCGUGCUAACGUUUUCAUCAGCUUGUUAAGAUGCGGUGCCACUGUUAAAUCUCAUUGA